AUGGGAUUUAAGCUUGAAAUGGCAAAAUGUUUCGAAUUGAGAUUAUGUUGUAGAAGAACAGAUGAUAAAAACAUUCGAAUGGAGAACAUAUCACUAUUAUAUGAAAAACACAUCUUGACCAUGUUCCCAGAACUUAGUUACAGCAAAAAUGAAAGUAGAAAGAUAAGUUAUGCAGUAAUUGAGAUACCACAAGUGCCCACAGUUCACAGAUACUCCUUAGUAAGGUCAUGUAAUGUUUUUGAAGAUGACAAUAUCAAUGAAACCCACUGUGAUGACUCUGCCAUACGAUAUAGCCACGAAAUGCAAAACAAGAAUCUACAUUCUGCGUAUACCAAUGGGUCGAAGAAUAAUUCAACACUUGAAGUGCCUGAGUCUUUUGCUGGUGAAGAAUUGAAAAUUUUUAAAGUGGAUAAACAUAGUGUAGAGGGUUUGCCCAUUGAGAAUGAAAAUAAAACAAAUGAUGAUCUGACCAGUAACCUCAGAUUUUUGCCACCAAUGCAAAACCGUCCAAAUUCUCUAAACGACGAUGGCAACAUAGAUAAUAGGUUAUACAGGAAAGAUUAUGCAGAAAAUGAUAACGGAAGUCAUAAACUAACACACGAACCAGAAAAUAUACAAGCUAAUUUUGAGAAGCUGCAAACUGAACUUCUCAAGACUGAUCAGGAAGACGUCUCGCAUAUUCCAGGAAGGGGACAUGAAAUUAGGAAUUUGAGAAACCUCAUCAAAGGUAUUACACAACAGAUAUUAAUUAGAUUAGAUGCAGAUGGCGAAUGUGUUGUAGAAGAAAUACUGGAGCAUCUAGAGAAAGUAUCACGGCUACUAAAGGUAGAAAGGGAUCGUUCCCUAGGGGUAGUUAGGAGUGAGUACCGAGAUCUCAGAGCAAGGAUUGAGGCAAAAUUCCACAAGACCAUACGCAAAUCCCAAGAUAGGUGGAAGGCUACAAACGAAAAAUUUAUAAAAGUAAGCGGAUAA